GCUCAAUCCCACUGUUUCUUCACUCUCGGCCUCUCCUCAUCACCCACUUUUUGCUUUUUCUGAAUUCUGAGUACAAUUACAGAAAACCCAUUUUCGGUUUGUGUUUGACGCUGUGAAGAUCUAGUGUGUUGACUCUGUUUCAGCGUAAUCUUCUUGAUUCAGUGGAAAUGCGGCUCCUUUAUUUGCGGGUGUUUUGUUGGUGAUCUUGGGUCUGUGAUCAUGAUAUAUCUCAAGAUUUUAGGGUUUUUUCGGUGGUUUUAGGGGCUGAUUUUUGGCGGCAUUUAUGGGGAGGAAGAUUUUGGGUGGAUGCAUGGUUCGAGAAAGGAAAUGGGAUUCAUGCCAUUAUUGAGUAUCUCCAGAUUUAGCUGGGAUUUUGUGGGUUUCGACUGAAAUUUCAAUCCGCAGCGGCGGCGGUGGCGUAGGCAAGGGAAAAUCAGCUGGAAACGGUGUUAAUUGCUGGAUUUUCUGCUUUCUUCUUGCUAUUUAAUCGAGUGUUUUAAAUUCUUUGAUUUUGGUGGGUUAUGGUGGAAAAUGCUAAACAAGAAUCAAAUGGUUCAAUUUCUUUUGGUAAAUGAAGUGAAAAUGCUGCAAAGAUUCUUCAUUCUUUUCUGUAAUUGAGAGCUUCUUUAACAAGGCUUCUAAAGGGGAAAAAGUAAUCUUGGACCAUAAAGGGUUGCAACCGUUGAAACCUUCAAAGCUGCUUUUGAAUACACAAGAAUAUAUUUCAUUUAUACAGUCUCCGUUGUCACAUUUGUGGGCAAAUAGGCGUGACAUCAAGGAAGGAUUUGCACAGCUUGGAGAAGUGAUUUAUAAGCUUCUUUGAGGGAAUUCACUACUGUCUUUCUGGGUAUUUUACUGAGCGUUUUGGUAGUUAUCUGAUUGGCAUUGUGCUGAAAUUUGACAUCUUGAAGCAUCGAUGGGGCUUCUUGGAAGAAGUCUCACGAUGCUUGUUCUGGGGAUGAUGUUCUUCUGGUUAACGGGUCUCAGGGCUCAAUCUACAAAUGGCUCUUCAGGAAGCUCUGCCCGAGCCCUUGAUGCUCUUCUUCAAGACUAUGCUUACAGGGCCCUCUCUCGUCCAAAGACUGGAACAUCCUAUGGUGGGGUUGUUCCUUCUAAUUUGACUGGUAUUAAUAUUACAGCAAUGAGGCUCAGGAGUGGGAGCUUGUGGAGACACGGUGUGAACAUGUACAAUGAGUUUGUGAUUCCCACUGGAGUUACUGAGAAACCUUAUGUGGAAAGGCUUGUUUUGGUCUACCAGAACUUGGGUAAUUGGUCUAUGCAGUAUUAUCCAUUAACUGGUUAUACUUAUCUGGCUCCAGUGCUCGGGCUUCUUGCUUAUAAUGCUUCAAAUUUAAAGGCUACAAAUUUACCAGAAUUGGAUAUUAGGGCGUCUCGUGAUCCCAUAUCAAUCAGAUUCUCUGAUGUGAAAUCAGCCCCAGAUGGAUCAGUUCCAAAAUGUGUUUGGUUUGAUCUCCAGGGCCUCGCAAACUUCAGCAAUGUGGCAUCAGGCAAUGUGUGUACAACGAUCCAACAAGGACAUUUUUCUAUAGUUGUAGAGUCUGUUGCCCCUGUUCCACCACCGGUGUCUCCUGUGGUGCCCCCACCUCCACCCAUCUCGCCUCCACCAAGCCGUGGAGGAAGAAAGACUAGUACAAAAGUUGGGAUAAUUGUCGGGUCUGUUCUGGGUGGACUACUUUUGCUGGCACUGUUAGCAAUCCUGGUAGUGUGGGCACAGAAAUACAAGGAGAAGAGGAAAAUGCAUGAGAUGGAGAAAGCUGCAGACGUGGGAGAAGCUCUGCAGAUGACCUCAGUUGGGGAAACAAAAGCACCAUCAGCAACAGGGACUAGAACACAACCAAUGCUCGAGAACGAAUAUGUUCCCUGAUUCCCACACCCCAAAUUUGUACAAGCUUCUCUCCUCCACAUCUCACAGGAAAUCUUUUUCAAGUUCAAAUUCAUGUAUUCAGAAAAUUCUUCUACUCACACCUGUUUUUGGUGGUGUCUCCUUCCCCAUCUUUGUUUGGUCUUGGUAGGCUCCUGGUUGUAGUGUGGGUAAUAUAGGAUUUUUGUGUAAAUCUGUUAUCACUCACGAAAUCCGUUUUUCAUAGUUUUAUGAUUCAUAGUUGUGUGCAUCUAGCCAAAAUGAUUCGAUAUUGUGAUGAAUUUAGUUCAAUUGACAAUGAAUAAAACUCUUUCUUCUAU